ACAUAUAUAUAAAGAAAUAAUGCAAGAGGGGAACCAGAAAAAAUUAUUACACAUCUUUGAAAAAACAAAUGCUUAGAAUGGGAGUGAUGAAAAAACAUUUUCAAUUAGCUCUACUGUUUUGCCUUCUCUGCUUGGAACUUGCUGGCUUUUGCAAUUGUGGUGGUGGUUCCAUUUGCAGAGAAGUAGAAAGGAAGGCACUUGUUGAUUUCAAAAAUGGCCUUAAAGAUCCCAAUGGACGUCUCUCUUCUUGGAUUGGCUUGGACUGUUGCUCUUGGACCGGCGUGCAUUGCCACAACUACACUGGCCAUGUUAUAAGGCUUGAUCUCCGCAGGUAUGGUGGCAAUGGGUCUUUGGAAGGUGAGAUCAGGCCUUCUUUGCUUGUUUUGAAUCACUUAAGAUAUUUGGAUCUUAGUUUCAACUAUUUUGAAAAUACUAGAAUUCCAACUUUCUUGGGUUCACUGGCAAGUCUUCAAUAUCUUAACCUUUCUUUUGCUGGCUUCAUUGGGCAUGUCCCACACCAACUUGGUAAUCUGUCUCGCUUGCAGAACCUUGAUCUUUCAUAUAAUUCUCUUGAUAUGGUUGGAAGCCAUUGGCUCACAAAUCUUUCUUCUCUUCAAUGUUUGAAUUUAAGUGAUUUGAAUCUUUCCGAGGCAAAAAAUGUGCUCAAAUCACUGAACACCCUUCCUUUGAUAUCUGAGAUAAAGUUAUUUAAUUGUGAUCUUCACGUCCCUCUUUCACUUGGUGCAGAAAUUAACUUUACAAAUCUUAGAUUCCUUGAUCUUUCCUCCAAUGGCAUUAACUCUACCAUGCCUCUUUGGUUGUUCAAGUUGAGUGGCCUUGAGUAUCUUUAUCUUCGAGGUAAUAAUAUUCAAGACCUUAUUCCUUCUGAUAUUGGGAAACUUACUUCUCUUAGGGUCCUUGAUCUCGCAUAUAAUGGAGUCUUCGGUGUUGAUUCUACAUUUAAUGGUGUCCUAAUUGCUGGACUGCCGACCACUUUGGGGAAACUCUGUAACUUGAGUAAACUGUAUCUCUCAGGGAAUAAAUAUUUCUCUGGUGAUCUAAAUAGAUUGGGUGAAAUUUUUUCCGGGUGCUUGAAUAACAGUUUAGAGGAGUUGUAUUGGAGUGAUGCAUCACUCAGUGGGAUAUUGCCAAGUUGGUUGGAGAACCUUAAGUCUCUUAAGGCUCUUGACCUUUCUGACAACUUCUUUUAUGGCUCACUUCUUCAGCUCCAAUUACCAUCUUUGCAGACCUUGCUUCUUGAUUCUAAUAAUUUCAAUGGAACUAUUCCAAAAUAUUUGGGACAAUUAUUUCCAGAGCUGGACACGUUGGACCUUUCUGAUAAUAAUAUAGCUGUGAGACCCGAUUGGGUUCCUCCACCUAAACUAAAAUAUUUGCACAUGAACGAUUGCAAAGUGGGCCCGAGAUUUCCAUCAUGGCUUCAGAAUUUGAAAAUUUUGUCUUCACUUGGAAUGUCAAAUGCAAGUAUUGUUGAUACAUUGCCACUAUGGUUUUGGAACUUCUCUUUGGCUAUUGAAGACAUAUAUCUAUCACAUAAUGAAAUCAAAGGCAAGCUACCAGAGGUUUCAUCAAAAUUACCCAAUCUUCAAGUUUUGGAUUUAAGUUAUAAUUAUUUGGAAGGACAGUUGCCACAAUUUUCAUCAAAUCUAGUAGAUUUGGAUCAGGCGCAUGGCUUAUUCUCAAGGUCCACUUUCUCUAAUACAAGCAUUAUAUCGCCAAGUUUGUCUCAGUUGUAUAUUUCUUCAAACAAAAUAACGGGAAGUAUUCCCAAAACAUUAUGCAAGCUAAACAGUUUGGCAAUCCUUGAUCUCUCACAUAAUAUGAUUGAAGGAGUAGUUCCUGAUUGUUGGAAUCUUUCUUUAUAUUCAGAGUUGCUAGUAAUGGACUUGUCUCAUAACAAUUUAUCUGGGACCAUUCCCGCCUCCAUCAGCUCGUUGGAACUUUUGCAUUUGAGUAAUAAUGCAUUUUCUGGUGAGCUCCCAGCUUCUUUUAAAAAUUGCACAUCGUUGUCGGUGUUAGAUCUUGGGUAUAAUAACAUUAGUGGAAGCAUACCAACAUGGCUUGCAGAAAACUUAAAAAACCUAGGUACACUUGAGCUCCGAAAUAAUAUGCUUACUGGAUCUAUUCCUCCACAAUUGGGAAACCUCAGGUAUCUACAUGUUAUUGAUGUUUCAAAUAACCAUCUAUCAGGUGCCAUACCAUAUAGUUUUGGCAACUUCACUGCCAUGAAAACUGGAAUCAGUGACAGAUUAAGCUACGGUGAUUAUGUGAACAACAUUGAGAUAAAUUUGAAAGGAAGAGAAGUUCAGUUGGAAAGUCUGUCUGAAAUACUUAUUUUCAUUGACCUCUCGAAUAACACGUUAUCAGGAGAGAUACCUGAAGAACUAGGGCAACUUUCUUCAUUGCAGAGUUUGAAUUUAUCCAGAAAUCAAUUAUCAGGACAACUUUCAGAAAAAAUCGGCCAGCUCAGAUGGUUGGAAGUUCUUGAUUUAUCAAUGAAUAACCUUUCAGGUGCUCUUCCUCCAACAAUGACCAACUUAACUUCAUUGAAUCAUCUGAAUUUAUCGUAUAACAAUUUCUAUGGUGAAAUUCCAUACGGUGGCCAACUUGAAGCACUUCCAGAUCCAUCCAUUUAUUCUGGCAAUCAAGGUCUAUGUGGUUUUCCAUUAGAUAAAAAGUGUGAGAUUGAAGCACCAGCACAACCACCAACAUUGCCAAACAAUGAAGAUGACAACAACUUGGAGAACAUAUGGUUUUAUUUGAGCAUGUCUCUGGGAUUCAUAUUUGGGUUUUGGGCAAUUUCUGGUGCAUUGAUACUGAAAAAGAGGUGGAGGUAUGCUUAUUUUCGAUUUGUUGAUCACAUUUAUGAUAAGAUCUAUGUUAUUGUUGCUGUAAAUCUAAAAAAAUGA